UUCUUGUGAGCAGUAAUUCAGUAACAGAUGGGUCUUGUCCGCACUGGAAACCGUGGCCUGUCUGACAACACAGAUUCACUGAGAUGUAAGCAAUACCAAACUGAAAAAACAUACCGAAACUCUUCGACCGAGAUGGGAAUUCGCCAAUUCAUGCGUCACGAAAUCUUGGUGAACCACCAAGGAUUGCUAGUUUGUCCCAAGCUGCCUCAUUUCCAAAAGCAAUCUAGUUCUCUCCUCCUGAUGUUACUGGCCCAGGAAUAGCAGAAAACUCCCAUGUUCUUUCAGACCAUCGAAAACUCCAUGUUCAGACGCUGUCACCAACGUAAACUAAAAUAGCAUUAUCGAUGUAAAAAAUCACCGCAGCGACACACCAUCGUCUGACUCCACGAGAAAUCCCACCGAGCUGGAGGCUGGCAGGUAGCAAGAACUUGGAGUUGCCAUGCCUCGGUUUGUCACCAUGCACCAGCAAGAACGUAUUUAACCUGGCCUCAGUCGCUCCGAGCAAACUAUGGCGGCGAUGGAGGGCGGGAGGAUCCGAGCGGCGCGGGGCUACGGCGGCGGCAACGAGUCGGUGUCGGUGGGCGACGGCAUGAGCAUCUUCGGCCAGAGCCAGAGCCAGAGCAUCGACGUGCGGCGCCGCGGGAAGCCCCGGCGGCGAGCCACGCUGCCCAAGGUCGUCAAGGUAGGCUUCAUGUGAGAUCAUGCCGGGUCUUGGUGUUGUGCUGAUAACAUCGACCGUGGUGACUGCGUGCAGAACGUGUCGUCCGAUGUCAAGCAGGUGGCGAGGUCCGGCUCCGGCACCGAUCGGCUGCCGCACCGGCGUCCGGCCGCCACGCCGGAGAGAGAGAAGGAGAAGGCGAAGGCGCGUGUGGAUCCUGAGCUGUUCGCGGGCAAGACGCUGGAGCAGCUCGUGGAGCAGGCCGACGCCAAGCAGCUGGUGGAGCAGCCCAAGGCGGGGUCGCAGGGGCCGGACAAGGAGAGGGCGCGCGUCGUCGCUGCAGCGGAGCCUGAGCUGCCGGCGGUCGUGGCCAAGAAGCAGCUGGAGCGGCAGGGGUCCCGCAGGUCGGACCUCCUCAAAGGACCGCGCGCGAACGUAGCCGGCCUCGCCGCAGACGUCGGUGGCGCUCGGCCGAUGGAGUCGAGCGGCGGCGCGACGUACGCCGAGGUGAUGCGCGAGCUGGACCGCGUCAAGAGGGAGCUGCGGGAGCUGCAGCGCGAGGUGAAGGCCGCGAGGGAGGCCAAGGCCGGCACGGCCAUGGCCGAGGAGGACGCGGCGUCGGCGUCGACGAGGAGCCCUGGUUCGGUCGUCGCCCACGGCGCGAAAGAACGGCCGGGUGCCGACCACGAAGCGAAGGAGGUGCGCGUCGCCUUUGAGCUCACCGGAGCCGGCCAGUCGUCUACCAGGGAGACGGAGGAGGAGGUGACGAGGUGGACCCCGCCGAGCAUAGGGCUGCAGAGAGGUGCGAUCAUGGGCCGUCAGAGCGUGUCGAGCGAGCUCGAGGCGUGGCUAACCGCGGCGAGCUCCGACGACAGACGGCUCCGCCACGGCUUCGGCCACUCGUCGGACUCGGAGAUCACCGACGAGGGACACGACAGCUCGCCGUCGCUGCAGGCGGCGGAGGCCAAGCUGGACAUGGCGCGGGCGGAGCUCGAGUCCGCCAAAGGAGAGAGCCUCCAGUUCACGGCGUCCAUGGAGCGCACGCGCACGGAGGCGGCGCGCCUCGCCGAGGAGAUCGGCCGGCUGGAGGAGCAGGAGAAGAAGGCCGGCGCGCAGGUGCGGCAGCUGGAGGCCGCGCUGCGCGACGCCAAGUGCCGCCUGGGCGCCGUCACGGCCGCCGACGAGAUGGCCGGCGAGAUCCUGGCCGACCUGGAGGCGACGCUGCGGCAGCUGGAGGAGGAGACGGAGGCGGCGGAGAAGGAGAAGGCGCUGAUGGAGCAGGAGGGCCAGUGCGUCCAGGACGACGCGGACAGCGUGGACGCCGAGAUCGCGGCCGCCGAGCAGAGGAUCAGGGGCUCGAUCAGGGAGCUGGAGGCGGCGAGGGCGUCGGAGGCCGCGGCGACGGAGAGGCUGAGGGCCGCCGUGGAGGGCGCGGCGAUGGAGAGGGCGUCCAUGGCGCCGCGGAGGUCCGGGAACGUGACGCUCCCGAGGUUCGAGUACGAGUACCUGACCGGCCGCGCCGAGGUGGUCCGCGCGGUCGCCGACAAGAAGGUGGCCGCGGCGGAGGCGUGGGUGGAGGCGCGGCGGGCCGGCGAGAAGGAGAUGAUCAUGCGCGCCGAGGCGAUCGAGAGGGAGCUCGGGCUAGAAUUACAGGCCGUGGACGACGAGAGCGCGGCGGAGCAGCGGAGGCCGCGUGACGGCCUGCAGCGCGCGCACACGUCGAGGCGAGCCGCGAUGGUGAAAGGCUCAUCUGCGGCGACGUCAAGAAGGAAGACGCCACCAUCGCCGUCCCCGCCGCCGUCCCCAUUGUCGCGGCACCCGCGGGCGCAGUCGCUCGCCAUAAGAAGCUACCUGAAGCUCGUCGGCGGGAAAUGCACGAGGCCAUGACUGAGACGCAUUGCAGCGCAGGAGAGGUGCAGCUCAAAUGGCGAACAGACGAUGGGGACAAGAAUAUCAUUUCUAUAUGCAUGUGUGCCUGUGUAUCUUUUCUUACAACAACCAUGUGUAUAUGCAGAGCAGCAGAGGGGGCUGUACAAGCAGAACUACGUAUACAGAACAACCACCCUUUCAGAUAUGAUAUGAAUACAAGUAUUCUACCAGAAAA